AUGGAAGCUAUGAGGGAGAUAGAGGAGGAGGUGGGGGGGAGGAGCGGGGGGGGCGGGAACAGAAGGACCCGCGACCGCUGCGUGGAGUGCUUCAUUCGCCGCUCGCGCAAGACCGGCACGUUCACGCUGUUUCUGGGCGUGCCGCCGAAUUCGACGGAGAACGGCAAGUUCCUGCUCGCGGCGCGCAAGUGCGGCUGGCGGCCGUCAAGCCCGCUUUUUCUCUCGGCGCGGCGUCGCUGGCGCACGGCGGAAGCAGCAGCAGCAGCCGCAAGGUGCAUCCCCGCGGAGCCGCUUUUUCCGCCAACGGUUACCACCACUGUAACCACUGUAGCAAUCGGUGUGGUAACCACCAUUGUGGUUACAACUGUGGCAGCAGCAGCACGGGCAGCAGAGGGGCCGGCACCCCUGUCGCGUGUAACGGUAACUUGGGCAGCUUUAACGGUUCCAGCUGUAGCGGCGCCAGCUGUAGCAGGGGUAGCGACGGGACAGGAUUACUCGGCGCAGGUAUUACCAGCAGUAGUGGCAGCGGCAGCGCCAUUGGUGGUCGGGGCGAUUGUAACGGCGCAAAUGACGCUGACACGGCCACGUCAGCAGCGGCUCAGUGGGGGGAAGGGGGAGGCGGGGGGGAUUGUGAGUGAGUUUGAGUGGGGAGGGGGGGAGAGAGAGGAGGUGACUGUAGAAGAAGUGACUGAAGGGAGAGUGGGAGGGCGGGAGGAAGAGGGGAAGGGAGAGAGAGGGGAGGGGAAGAGAGUGGAGAGAGGGGAGGUAGAGAGGGAGGAGGGGACGGGAGAGGAGAGGAGGAAGAACGAGACCGAGGAGAGGCAAGAGAAGGAGGAGAGGGAGGAGGAGGAGAGAUUGCUGGUGAGGCUCACUGGGAGUGGAGAAGAGGAGGGGGAGGGCGAGAAGCAAGAAUGCACAGCAGCGGAGGAAGCAAGGGAAGCGAGGGAAGCAAGGUCACCACCCACAAUCUGCACAAGAGAGCCCUUGGUCUCGUUCCCAGAGAGUGGGGAAGAGAUGGGUGCGGGAGAGAGAAUGGGGAGCAGUGGUAAGGAGGAGAGCAAUGAGCAGCAGAGCAUGCGAGAGGAGGGUGUGGAAGCAGGGGGGCAGUGGGAGAAGAAGAGUCAAGAGGAGAGAAGUCCGGAGGACGGGAGUUUAGAGGAGGGGAAUCAGCAGGAGGAGUGUGGGGAUUGGCCGACAGACGGCGCGUGUGAGCAGCAGGAGAGCAGUGGAGAGGGAAGGAGUGAGCAGGAGGGCAAUCAGGGUUGGUUGCAAGGCGGAGGUUUCCAGUGCUGGUGCUUGAACUUCAGGGGGCGAGUGACAGUGGCUUCAGUGAAGAACUUCCAGCUGAUCGAGGGGGGCGGGCCGGGGAACGACUCUGACAAGCCGUGUUGGUGCCUCAACUUCCGUGGCCGCGUGACAGUAGCAUCAGUGAAGAAUUUUCAGCUGAUAGAGGGGGGCGGGCCGGGGAACGACUCGGACAAGCCGGUGCUGCUGCAGUUCGGGAAGAUUGACAAGGACGCUUUUACUAUGGACUACAGAUAUCCACUCACGGCCUUCCAGAUUGGCAAGGACACGUUCACCAUGGACUACAGAUACCCGCUUACUGCCUUCCAGCUCAUAGAGAGGAGCGGACCGGGGAACGACUCUGAUAAGCCAGUGCUGCUGCAGUGUGGGAAGAUUGGCAAGGACACUUUCACCAUGGAUAACAGAUACCCGCUUACUGACUCCAGGUGGGUAGUGAAGUGCUGUUUCAUGUGGUUAAAAAUCGGUGCUCUGCCAGUGCUGCUGCUGCAGUUUGGCAAGAUCGGCAAGGACACAUUCACCAUGGACUACAGAUACCCGCUCACGGCCUUCCAGGUGGGUAGUGCUGCGUGUUCAGGUGGUACUGGUGGUGCUGCUGUUGCUGGUGGUGCUGCUGCUGGUGGUGCUAGUUCAAAUGAGGCAACUGGGCAAGGCAAGAAGGGCGGUAAGGGGAAGAAGGGGCAGCAGGAGCAGCAGCACGUGAAGGAGCAGGAGAGUGACAGAAGGAGAGGUGCUUAUAAGGAGGGCAUGGCGAGGCUUCAGCAUGAUUCCCCACUGAUGGAAGCUAUGAGGGAGAUAGAGGAGGAGGUGGGGGGGAGGAGCGGGGGGGGCGGGAACAGAAGGACCCGCGACCGCUGCGUGGAGUGCUUCAUUCGCCGCUCGCGCAAGACCGGCACGUUCACGCUGUUUCUGGGCGUGCCGCCGAAUUCGACGGAGAACGGCAAGUUCCUGCUCGCGGCGCGCAAGUGCGGCUGGCGGCCGUCAAGCCCGCUUUUUCUCUCGGCGCGGCGUCGCUGGCGCACGGCGGAAGCAGCAGCAGCAGCCGCAAGGUGCAUCCCCGCGGAGCCGCUUUUUCCGCCAACGGUUACCACCACUGUAACCACUGUAGCAAUCGGUGUGGUAACCACCAUUGUGGUUACAACUGUGGCAGCAGCAGCACGGGCAGCAGAGGGGCCGGCACCCCUGUCGCGUGUAACGGUAACUUGGGCAGCUUUAACGGUUCCAGCUGUAGCGGCGCCAGCUGUAGCAGGGGUAGCGACGGGACAGGAUUACUCGGCGCAGGUAUUACCAGCAGUAGUGGCAGCGGCAGCGCCAUUGGUGGUCGGGGCGAUUGUAACGGCGCAAAUGACGCUGACACGGCCACGUCAGCAGCGGCUCAGUGGGGGGAAGGGGGAGGCGGGGGGGAUUGUGAGUGAGUUUGAGUGGGGAGGGGGGGAGAGAGAGGAGGUGACUGUAGAAGAAGUGACUGAAGGGAGAGUGGGAGGGCGGGAGGAAGAGGGGAAGGGAGAGAGAGGGGAGGGGAAGAGAGUGGAGAGAGGGGAGGUAGAGAGGGAGGAGGGGACGGGAGAGGAGAGGAGGAAGAACGAGACCGAGGAGAGGCAAGAGAAGGAGGAGAGGGAGGAGGAGGAGAGAUUGCUGGUGAGGCUCACUGGGAGUGGAGAAGAGGAGGGGGAGGGCGAGAAGCAAGAAUGCACAGCAGCGGAGGAAGCAAGGGAAGCGAGGGAAGCAAGGUCACCACCCACAAUCUGCACAAGAGAGCCCUUGGUCUCGUUCCCAGAGAGUGGGGAAGAGAUGGGUGCGGGAGAGAGAAUGGGGAGCAGUGGUAAGGAGGAGAGCAAUGAGCAGCAGAGCAUGCGAGAGGAGGGUGUGGAAGCAGGGGGGCAGUGGGAGAAGAAGAGUCAAGAGGAGAGCAGUCCGGAGGACGGGAGUUUAGAGGAGGGGAAUCAGCAGGAGGAGUGUGGGGAUUGGCCGACAGACGGCGCGUGUGAGCAGCAGGAGAGCAGUGGAGAGGGAAGGAGUGAGCAGGAGGGCAAUCAGGGUUGGUUGCAAGGCGGAGGUUUCCAGUGCUGGUGCUUGAACUUCAGGGGGCGAGUGACAGUGGCUUCAGUGAAGAACUUCCAGCUGAUCGAGGGGGGCGGGCCGGGGAACGACUCUGACAAGCCGUGUUGGUGCCUCAACUUCCGUGGCCGCGUGACAGUAGCAUCAGUGAAGAAUUUUCAGCUGAUAGAGGGGGGCGGGCCGGGGAACGACUCGGACAAGCCGGUGCUGCUGCAGUUCGGGAAGAUUGACAAGGACGCUUUUACUAUGGACUACAGAUAUCCACUCACGGCCUUCCAGAUUGGCAAGGACACGUUCACCAUGGACUACAGAUACCCGCUUACUGCCUUCCAGCUCAUAGAGAGGAGCGGACCGGGGAACGACUCUGAUAAGCCAGUGCUGCUGCAGUGUGGGAAGAUUGGCAAGGACACUUUCACCAUGGAUAACAGAUACCCGCUUACUGACUCCAGGUGGGUAGUGAAGUGCUGUUUCAUGUGGUUAAAAAUCGGUGCUCUGCCAGUGCUGCUGCUGCAGUUUGGCAAGAUCGGCAAGGACACAUUCACCAUGGACUACAGAUACCCGCUCACGGCCUUCCAGGUGGGUAGUGCUGCGUGUUCAGGUGGUACUGGUGGUGCUGCUGUUGCUGGUGGUGCUGCUGCUGGUGGUGCUAGUUCAAAUGAGGCAACUGGGCAAGGCAAGAAGGGCGGUAAGGGGAAGAAGGGGCAGCAGGAGCAGCAGCACGUGAAGGAGCAGGAGAGUGACAGAAGGAGAGGUGCUUAUAAGGAGGGCAUGGCGAGGCUUCAGCAUGAUUCCCCACUGAUGGAAGCUAUGAGGGAGAUAGAGGAGGAGGUGGGGGGGAGGAGCGGGGGGGGGCGGGAACAGAAGGACCCGCGACCGCUGCGUGGAGUGCUUCAUUCGCCGCUCGCGCAAGACCGGCACGUUCACGCUGUUUCUGGGCGUGCCGCCGAAUUCGACGGAGAACGGCAAGUUCCUGCUCGCGGCGCGCAAGUGCGGCUGGCGGCCGUCAAGCCCGCGUUUUCUCUCGGCGCGGCGUCGCUGGCGCACGGCGGAAGCAGCAGCAGCAGCCGCAAGGUGCAUCCCCGCGGAGCCGCUUUUUCCGCCAACGGUUACCACCACUGUAACCACUGUAGCAAUCGGUGUGGUAACCACCAUUGUGGUUACAACUGUGGCAGCAGCAGCACGGGCAGCAGAGGGGCCGGCACCCCUGUCGCGUGUAACGGUAACUUGGGCAGCUUUAACGGUUCCAGCUGUAGCGGCGCCAGCUGUAGCAGGGGUAGCGACGGGACAGGAUUACUCGGCGCAGGUAUUACCAGCAGUAGUGGCAGCGGCAGCGCCAUUGGUGGUCGGGGCGAUUGUAACGGCGCAAAUGACGCUGACACGGCCACGUCAGCAGCGGUAUCGUCAAGCCUCCGCGCACAUUCCCCGCUUCCGCCUUCCCCCCCUUGCUCGAAGCUUCCCUCUUCCGCGCUGUCUUCCGCCUCUCCCGCCGCCCGUUCUUGCGCAUACAGGCUCAGUGGGGGGAAGGGGGAGGGCGGGGGGAUUGUGAGUGAGUUUGAGUGGGGAGGGGGGGAGAGAGAGGAGGUGACUGUAGAAGAAGUGACUGAAGGGAGAGUGGGAGGGCGGGAGGAAGAGGGGAAGGGAGAGAGAGGGGAGGGGAAGGCAGAGAGUGGAGAGAGGGGAGGUAGAGAGGGAGGAGGGGACGGGAGAGGAGAGGAGGAAGAACGAGACCGAGGAGAGGCAAGAGAAGGAGGAGAGGGAGGAGGAGGAGAGAUUGCUGAGAGUGGGGAAGAGAUGGGUGCGGGAGAGAGAAUGGGGAGCAGUGGUAAGGAGGAGAGCAAUGAGCAGCAGAGCAUGCGAGAGGAGGGUGUGGAAGCAGGGGGGCAGUGGGAGAAGAAGAGUCAAGAGGAGAGCAGUGCGGAGGACGGGAGUUUAGAGGAGGGGAAUCAGCAGGAGGAGUGUGGGGAUUGGCCGACAGACGGCGCGUGUGAGCAGCAGGAGAGCAGUGGAGAGGGAAGGAGUGAGCAGGAGGGCAAUCAGGGUUGGUUGCAAGGCGGAGGUUUCCAGUGCUGGUGCUUGAACUUCAGGGGGCGAGUGACAGUGGCUUCAGUGAAGAACUUCCAGCUGAUCGAGGGGGGCGGGCCGGGGAACGACUCUGACAAGCCGUGUUGGUGCCUCAACUUCCGUGGCCGCGUGACAGUAGCAUCAGUGAAGAAUUUUCAGCUGAUAGAGGGGGGCGGGCCGGGGAACGACUCGGACAAGCCGGUGCUGCUGCAGUUCGGGAAGAUUGACAAGGACGCUUUUACUAUGGACUACAGAUAUCCACUCACGGCCUUCCAGAUUGGCAAGGACACGUUCACCAUGGACUACAGAUACCCGCUUACUGCCUUCCAGCUCAUAGAGAGGAGCGGACCGGGGAACGACUCUGAUAAGCCAGUGCUGCUGCAGUGUGGGAAGAUUGGCAAGGACACUUUCACCAUGGAUAACAGAUACCCGCUUACUGACUCCAGGUGGGUAGUGAAGUGCUGUUUCAUGUGGUUAAAAAUCGGUGCUCUGCCAGUGCUGCUGCUGCAGUUUGGCAAGAUCGGCAAGGACACAUUCACCAUGGACUACAGAUACCCGCUCACGGCCUUCCAGGUGGGUAGUGCUGCGUGUUCAGGUGGUACUGGUGGUGCUGCUGUUGCUGGUGGUGCUGCUGCUGGUGGUGCUAGUUCAAAUGAGGCAACUGGGCAAGGCAAGAAGGGCGGUAAGGGGAAGAAGGGGCAGCAGGAGCAGCAGCACGUGAAGGAGCAGGAGAGUGACAGAAGGAGAGGUGCUUAUAAGGAGGGCAUGGCGAGGCUUCAGCAUGAUUCCCCACUGAUGGAAGCUAUGAGGGAGAUAGAGGAGGAGGUGGGGGGGAGGAGCGGGGGGGGCGGGAACAGAAGGACCCGCGACCGCUGCGUGGAGUGCUUCAUUCGCCGCUCGCGCAAGACCGGCACGUUCACGCUGUUUCUGGGCGUGCCGCCGAAUUCGACGGAGAACGGCAAGUUCCUGCUCGCGGCGCGCAAGUGCGGCUGGCGGCCGUCAAGCCCGCGUUUUCUCUCGGCGCGGCGUCGCUGGCGCACGGCGGAAGCAGCAGCAGCAGCCGCAAGGUGCAUCCCCGCGGAGCCGCUUUUUCCGCCAACGGUUACCACCACUGUAACCACUGUAGCAAUCGGUGUGGUAACCACCAUUGUGGUUACAACUGUGGCAGCAGCAGCACGGGCAGCAGAGGGGCCGGCACCCCUGUCGCGUGUAACGGUAACUUGGGCAGCUUUAACGGUUCCAGCUGUAGCGGCGCCAGCUGUAGCAGGGGUAGCGACGGGACAGGAUUACUCGGCGCAGGUAUUACCAGCAGUAGUGGCAGCGGCAGCGCCAUUGGUGGUCGGGGCGAUUGUAACGGCGCAAAUGACGCUGACACGGCCACGUCAGCAGCGGCUCAGUGGGGGGAAGGGGGAGGCGGGGGGGAUUGUGAGUGAGUUUGAGUGGGGAGGGGGGGAGAGAGAGGAGGUGACUGUAGAAGAAGUGACUGAAGGGAGAGUGGGAGGGCGGGAGGAAGAGGGGAAGGGAGAGAGAGGGGAGGGGAAGAGAGUGGAGAGAGGGGAGGUAGAGAGGGAGGAGGGGACGGGAGAGGAGAGGAGGAAGAACGAGACCGAGGAGAGGCAAGAGAAGGAGGAGAGGGAGGAGGAGGAGAGAUUGCUGGUGAGGCUCACUGGGAGUGGAGAAGAGGAGGGGGAGGGCGAGAAGCAAGAAUGCACAGCAGCGGAGGAAGCAAGGGAAGCGAGGGAAGCAAGGUCACCACCCACAAUCUGCACAAGAGAGCCCUUGGUCUCGUUCCCAGAGAGUGGGGAAGAGAUGGGUGCGGGAGAGAGAAUGGGGAGCAGUGGUAAGGAGGAGAGCAAUGAGCAGCAGAGCAUGCGAGAGGAGGGUGUGGAAGCAGGGGGGCAGUGGGAGAAGAAGAGUCAAGAGGAGAGCAGUCCGGAGGACGGGAGUUUAGAGGAGGGGAAUCAGCAGGAGGAGUGUGGGGAUUGGCCGACAGACGGCGCGUGUGAGCAGCAGGAGAGCAGUGGAGAGGGAAGGAGUGAGCAGGAGGGCAAUCAGGGUUGGUUGCAAGGCGGAGGUUUCCAGUGCUGGUGCUUGAACUUCAGGGGGCGAGUGACAGUGGCUUCAGUGAAGAACUUCCAGCUGAUCGAGGGGGGCGGGCCGGGGAACGACUCUGACAAGCCGUGUUGGUGCCUCAACUUCCGUGGCCGCGUGACAGUAGCAUCAGUGAAGAAUUUUCAGCUGAUAGAGGGGGGCGGGCCGGGGAACGACUCGGACAAGCCGGUGCUGCUGCAGUUCGGGAAGAUUGACAAGGACGCUUUUACUAUGGACUACAGAUAUCCACUCACGGCCUUCCAGAUUGGCAAGGACACGUUCACCAUGGACUACAGAUACCCGCUUACUGCCUUCCAGCUCAUAGAGAGGAGCGGACCGGGGAACGACUCUGAUAAGCCAGUGCUGCUGCAGUGUGGGAAGAUUGGCAAGGACACUUUCACCAUGGAUAACAGAUACCCGCUUACUGACUCCAGGUGGGUAGUGAAGUGCUGUUUCAUGUGGUUAAAAAUCGGUGCUCUGCCAGUGCUGCUGCUGCAGUUUGGCAAGAUCGGCAAGGACACAUUCACCAUGGACUACAGAUACCCGCUCACGGCCUUCCAGGUGGGUAGUGCUGCGUGUUCAGGUGGUACUGGUGGUGCUGCUGUUGCUGGUGGUGCUGCUGCUGGUGGUGCUAGUUCAAAUGAGGCAACUGGGCAAGGCAAGAAGGGCGGUAAGGGGAAGAAGGGGCAGCAGGAGCAGCAGCACGUGAAGGAGCAGGAGAGUGACAGAAGGAGAGGUGCUUAUAAGGAGGGCAUGGCGAGGCUUCAGCAUGAUUCCCCACUGAUGGAAGCUAUGAGGGAGAUAGAGGAGGAGGUGGGGGGGAGGAGCGGGGGGGGCGGGAACAGAAGGACCCGCGACCGCUGCGUGGAGUGCUUCAUUCGCCGCUCGCGCAAGACCGGCACGUUCACGCUGUUUCUGGGCGUGCCGCCGAAUUCGACGGAGAACGGCAAGUUCCUGCUCGCGGCGCGCAAGUGCGGCUGGCGGCCGUCAAGCCCGCGUUUUCUCUCGGCGCGGCGUCGCUGGCGCACGGCGGAAGCAGCAGCAGCAGCCGCAAGGUGCAUCCCCGCGGAGCCGCUUUUUCCGCCAACGGUUACCACCACUGUAACCACUGUAGCAAUCGGUGUGGUAACCACCAUUGUGGUUACAACUGUGGCAGCAGCAGCACGGGCAGCAGAGGGGCCGGCACCCCUGUCGCGUGUAACGGUAACUUGGGCAGCUUUAACGGUUCCAGCUGUAGCGGCGCCAGCUGUAGCAGGGGUAGCGACGGGACAGGAUUACUCGGCGCAGGUAUUACCAGCAGUAGUGGCAGCGGCAGCGCCAUUGGUGGUCGGGGCGAUUGUAACGGCGCAAAUGACGCUGACACGGCCACGUCAGCAGCGGCUCAGUGGGGGGAAGGGGGAGGCGGGGGGGAUUGUGAGUGAGUUUGAGUGGGGAGGGGGGGAGAGAGAGGAGGUGACUGUAGAAGAAGUGACUGAAGGGAGAGUGGGAGGGCGGGAGGAAGAGGGGAAGGGAGAGAGAGGGGAGGGGAAGAGAGUGGAGAGAGGGGAGGUAGAGAGGGAGGAGGGGACGGGAGAGGAGAGGAGGAAGAACGAGACCGAGGAGAGGCAAGAGAAGGAGGAGAGGGAGGAGGAGGAGAGAUUGCUGGUGAGGCUCACUGGGAGUGGAGAAGAGGAGGGGGAGGGCGAGAAGCAAGAAUGCACAGCAGCGGAGGAAGCAAGGGAAGCGAGGGAAGCAAGGUCACCACCCACAAUCUGCACAAGAGAGCCCUUGGUCUCGUUCCCAGAGAGUGGGGAAGAGAUGGGUGCGGGAGAGAGAAUGGGGAGCAGUGGUAAGGAGGAGAGCAAUGAGCAGCAGAGCAUGCGAGAGGAGGGUGUGGAAGCAGGGGGGCAGUGGGAGAAGAAGAGUCAAGAGGAGAGCAGUCCGGAGGACGGGAGUUUAGAGGAGGGGAAUCAGCAGGAGGAGUGUGGGGAUUGGCCGACAGACGGCGCGUGUGAGCAGCAGGAGAGCAGUGGAGAGGGAAGGAGUGAGCAGGAGGGCAAUCAGGGUUGGUUGCAAGGCGGAGGUUUCCAGUGCUGGUGCUUGAACUUCAGGGGGCGAGUGACAGUGGCUUCAGUGAAGAACUUCCAGCUGAUCGAGGGGGGCGGGCCGGGGAACGACUCUGACAAGCCGUGUUGGUGCCUCAACUUCCGUGGCCGCGUGACAGUAGCAUCAGUGAAGAAUUUUCAGCUGAUAGAGGGGGGCGGGCCGGGGAACGACUCGGACAAGCCGGUGCUGCUGCAGUUCGGGAAGAUUGACAAGGACGCUUUUACUAUGGACUACAGAUAUCCACUCACGGCCUUCCAGAUUGGCAAGGACACGUUCACCAUGGACUACAGAUACCCGCUUACUGCCUUCCAGCUCAUAGAGAGGAGCGGACCGGGGAACGACUCUGAUAAGCCAGUGCUGCUGCAGUGUGGGAAGAUUGGCAAGGACACUUUCACCAUGGAUAACAGAUACCCGCUUACUGACUCCAGGUGGGUAGUGAAGUGCUGUUUCAUGUGGUUAAAAAUCGGUGCUCUGCCAGUGCUGCUGCUGCAGUUUGGCAAGAUCGGCAAGGACACAUUCACCAUGGACUACAGAUACCCGCUCACGGCCUUCCAGGUGGGUAGUGCUGCGUGUUCAGGUGGUACUGGUGGUGCUGCUGUUGCUGGUGGUGCUGCUGCUGGUGGUGCUAGUUCAAAUGAGGCAACUGGGCAAGGCAAGAAGGGCGGUAAGGGGAAGAAGGGGCAGCAGGAGCAGCAGCACGUGAAGGAGCAGGAGAGUGACAGAAGGAGAGGUGCUUAUAAGGAGGGCAUGGCGAGGCUUCAGCAUGAUUCCCCACUGAUGGAAGCUAUGAGGGAGAUAGAGGAGGAGGUGGGGGGGAGGAGCGGGGGGGGCGGGAACAGAAGGACCCGCGACCGCUGCGUGGAGUGCUUCAUUCGCCGCUCGCGCAAGACCGGCACGUUCACGCUGUUUCUGGGCGUGCCGCCGAAUUCGACGGAGAACGGCAAGUUCCUGCUCGCGGCGCGCAAGUGCGGCUGGCGGCCGUCAAGCCCGCGUUUUCUCUCGGCGCGGCGUCGCUGGCGCACGGCGGAAGCAGCAGCAGCAGCCGCAAGGUGCAUCCCCGCGGAGCCGCUUUUUCCGCCAACGGUUACCACCACUGUAACCACUGUAGCAAUCGGUGUGGUAACCACCAUUGUGGUUACAACUGUGGCAGCAGCAGCACGGGCAGCAGAGGGGCCGGCACCCCUGUCGCGUGUAACGGUAACUUGGGCAGCUUUAACGGUUCCAGCUGUAGCGGCGCCAGCUGUAGCAGGGGUAGCGACGGGACAGGAUUACUCGGCGCAGGUAUUACCAGCAGUAGUGGCAGCGGCAGCGCCAUUGGUGGUCGGGGCGAUUGUAACGGCGCAAAUGACGCUGACACGGCCACGUCAGCAGCGGCUCAGUGGGGGGAAGGGGGAGGCGGGGGGGAUUGUGAGUGAGUUUGAGUGGGGAGGGGGGGAGAGAGAGGAGGUGACUGUAGAAGAAGUGACUGAAGGGAGAGUGGGAGGGCGGGAGGAAGAGGGGAAGGGAGAGAGAGGGGAGGGGAAGAGAGUGGAGAGAGGGGAGGUAGAGAGGGAGGAGGGGACGGGAGAGGAGAGGAGGAAGAACGAGACCGAGGAGAGGCAAGAGAAGGAGGAGAGGGAGGAGGAGGAGAGAUUGCUGGUGAGGCUCACUGGGAGUGGAGAAGAGGAGGGGGAGGGCGAGAAGCAAGAAUGCACAGCAGCGGAGGAAGCAAGGGAAGCGAGGGAAGCAAGGUCACCACCCACAAUCUGCACAAGAGAGCCCUUGGUCUCGUUCCCAGAGAGUGGGGAAGAGAUGGGUGCGGGAGAGAGAAUGGGGAGCAGUGGUAAGGAGGAGAGCAAUGAGCAGCAGAGCAUGCGAGAGGAGGGUGUGGAAGCAGGGGGGCAGUGGGAGAAGAAGAGUCAAGAGGAGAGCAGUCCGGAGGACGGGAGUUUAGAGGAGGGGAAUCAGCAGGAGGAGUGUGGGGAUUGGCCGACAGACGGCGCGUGUGAGCAGCAGGAGAGCAGUGGAGAGGGAAGGAGUGAGCAGGAGGGCAAUCAGGGUUGGUUGCAAGGCGGAGGUUUCCAGUGCUGGUGCUUGAACUUCAGGGGGCGAGUGACAGUGGCUUCAGUGAAGAACUUCCAGCUGAUCGAGGGGGGCGGGCCGGGGAACGACUCUGACAAGCCGUGUUGGUGCCUCAACUUCCGUGGCCGCGUGACAGUAGCAUCAGUGAAGAAUUUUCAGCUGAUAGAGGGGGGCGGGCCGGGGAACGACUCGGACAAGCCGGUGCUGCUGCAGUUCGGGAAGAUUGACAAGGACGCUUUUACUAUGGACUACAGAUAUCCACUCACGGCCUUCCAGAUUGGCAAGGACACGUUCACCAUGGACUACAGAUACCCGCUUACUGCCUUCCAGCUCAUAGAGAGGAGCGGACCGGGGAACGACUCUGAUAAGCCAGUGCUGCUGCAGUGUGGGAAGAUUGGCAAGGACACUUUCACCAUGGAUAACAGAUACCCGCUUACUGACUCCAGGUGGGUAGUGAAGUGCUGUUUCAUGUGGUUAAAAAUCGGUGCUCUGCCAGUGCUGCUGCUGCAGUUUGGCAAGAUCGGCAAGGACACAUUCACCAUGGACUACAGAUACCCGCUCACGGCCUUCCAGGUGGGUAGUGCUGCGUGUUCAGGUGGUACUGGUGGUGCUGCUGUUGCUGGUGGUGCUGCUGCUGGUGGUGCUAGUUCAAAUGAGGCAACUGGGCAAGGCAAGAAGGGCGGUAAGGGGAAGAAGGGGCAGCAGGAGCAGCAGCACGUGAAGGAGCAGGAGAGUGACAGAAGGAGAGGUGCUUAUAAGGAGGGCAUGGCGAGGCUUCAGCAUGAUUCCCCACUGAUGGAAGCUAUGAGGGAGAUAGAGGAGGAGGUGGGGGGGAGGAGCGGGGGGGGCGGGAACAGAAGGACCCGCGACCGCUGCGUGGAGUGCUUCAUUCGCCGCUCGCGCAAGACCGGCACGUUCACGCUGUUUCUGGGCGUGCCGCCGAAUUCGACGGAGAACGGCAAGUUCCUGCUCGCGGCGCGCAAGUGCGGCUGGCGGCCGUCAAGCCCGCGUUUUCUCUCGGCGCGGCGUCGCUGGCGCACGGCGGAAGCAGCAGCAGCAGCCGCAAGGUGCAUCCCCGCGGAGCCGCUUUUUCCGCCAACGGUUACCACCACUGUAACCACUGUAGCAAUCGGUGUGGUAACCACCAUUGUGGUUACAACUGUGGCAGCAGCAGCACGGGCAGCAGAGGGGCCGGCACCCCUGUCGCGUGUAACGGUAACUUGGGCAGCUUUAACGGUUCCAGCUGUAGCGGCGCCAGCUGUAGCAGGGGUAGCGACGGGACAGGAUUACUCGGCGCAGGUAUUACCAGCAGUAGUGGCAGCGGCAGCGCCAUUGGUGGUCGGGGCGAUUGUAACGGCGCAAAUGACGCUGACACGGCCACGUCAGCAGCGGCUCAGUGGGGGGAAGGGGGAGGCGGGGGGGAUUGUGAGUGAGUUUGAGUGGGGAGGGGGGGAGAGAGAGGAGGUGACUGUAGAAGAAGUGACUGAAGGGAGAGUGGGAGGGCGGGAGGAAGAGGGGAAGGGAGAGAGAGGGGAGGGGAAGAGAGUGGAGAGAGGGGAGGUAGAGAGGGAGGAGGGGACGGGAGAGGAGAGGAGGAAGAACGAGACCGAGGAGAGGCAAGAGAAGGAGGAGAGGGAGGAGGAGGAGAGAUUGCUGGUGAGGCUCACUGGGAGUGGAGAAGAGGAGGGGGAGGGCGAGAAGCAAGAAUGCACAGCAGCGGAGGAAGCAAGGGAAGCGAGGGAAGCAAGGUCACCACCCACAAUCUGCACAAGAGAGCCCUUGGUCUCGUUCCCAGAGAGUGGGGAAGAGAUGGGUGCGGGAGAGAGAAUGGGGAGCAGUGGUAAGGAGGAGAGCAAUGAGCAGCAGAGCAUGCGAGAGGAGGGUGUGGAAGCAGGGGGGCAGUGGGAGAAGAAGAGUCAAGAGGAGAGCAGUCCGGAGGACGGGAGUUUAGAGGAGGGGAAUCAGCAGGAGGAGUGUGGGGAUUGGCCGACAGACGGCGCGUGUGAGCAGCAGGAGAGCAGUGGAGAGGGAAGGAGUGAGCAGGAGGGCAAUCAGGGUUGGUUGCAAGGCGGAGGUUUCCAGUGCUGGUGCUUGAACUUCAGGGGGCGAGUGACAGUGGCUUCAGUGAAGAACUUCCAGCUGAUCGAGGGGGGCGGGCCGGGGAACGACUCUGACAAGCCGUGUUGGUGCCUCAACUUCCGUGGCCGCGUGACAGUAGCAUCAGUGAAGAAUUUUCAGCUGAUAGAGGGGGGCGGGCCGGGGAACGACUCGGACAAGCCGGUGCUGCUGCAGUUCGGGAAGAUUGACAAGGACGCUUUUACUAUGGACUACAGAUAUCCACUCACGGCCUUCCAGAUUGGCAAGGACACGUUCACCAUGGACUACAGAUACCCGCUUACUGCCUUCCAGCUCAUAGAGAGGAGCGGACCGGGGAACGACUCUGAUAAGCCAGUGCUGCUGCAGUGUGGGAAGAUUGGCAAGGACACUUUCACCAUGGAUAACAGAUACCCGCUUACUGACUCCAGGUGGGUAGUGAAGUGCUGUUUCAUGUGGUUAAAAAUCGGUGCUCUGCCAGUGCUGCUGCUGCAGUUUGGCAAGAUCGGCAAGGACACAUUCACCAUGGACUACAGAUACCCGCUCACGGCCUUCCAGGUGGGUAGUGCUGCGUGUUCAGGUGGUACUGGUGGUGCUGCUGUUGCUGGUGGUGCUGCUGCUGGUGGUGCUAGUUCAAAUGAGGCAACUGGGCAAGGCAAGAAGGGCGGUAAGGGGAAGAAGGGGCAGCAGGAGCAGCAGCACGUGAAGGAGCAGGAGAGUGACAGAAGGAGAGGUGCUUAUAAGGAGGGCAUGGCGAGGCUUCAGCAUGAUUCCCCACUGAUGGAAGCUAUGAGGGAGAUAGAGGAGGAGGUGGGGGGGAGGAGCGGGGGGGGCGGGAACAGAAGGACCCGCGACCGCUGCGUGGAGUGCUUCAUUCGCCGCUCGCGCAAGACCGGCACGUUCACGCUGUUUCUGGGCGUGCCGCCGAAUUCGACGGAGAACGGCAAGUUCCUGCUCGCGGCGCGCAAGUGCGGCUGGCGGCCGUCAAGCCCGCGUUUUCUCUCGGCGCGGCGUCGCUGGCGCACGGCGGAAGCAGCAGCAGCAGCCGCAAGGUGCAUCCCCGCGGAGCCGCUUUUUCCGCCAACGGUUACCACCACUGUAACCACUGUAGCAAUCGGUGUGGUAACCACCAUUGUGGUUACAACUGUGGCAGCAGCAGCACGGGCAGCAGAGGGGCCGGCACCCCUGUCGCGUGUAACGGUAACUUGGGCAGCUUUAACGGUUCCAGCUGUAGCGGCGCCAGCUGUAGCAGGGGUAGCGACGGGACAGGAUUACUCGGCGCAGGUAUUACCAGCAGUAGUGGCAGCGGCAGCGCCAUUGGUGGUCGGGGCGAUUGUAACGGCGCAAAUGACGCUGACACGGCCACGUCAGCAGCGGCUCAGUGGGGGGAAGGGGGAGGCGGGGGGGAUUGUGAGUGAGUUUGAGUGGGGAGGGGGGGAGAGAGAGGAGGUGACUGUAGAAGAAGUGACUGAAGGGAGAGUGGGAGGGCGGGAGGAAGAGGGGAAGGGAGAGAGAGGGGAGGGGAAGAGAGUGGAGAGAGGGGAGGUAGAGAGGGAGGAGGGGACGGGAGAGGAGAGGAGGAAGAACGAGACCGAGGAGAGGCAAGAGAAGGAGGAGAGGGAGGAGGAGGAGAGAUUGCUGGUGAGGCUCACUGGGAGUGGAGAAGAGGAGGGGGAGGGCGAGAAGCAAGAAUGCACAGCAGCGGAGGAAGCAAGGGAAGCGAGGGAAGCAAGGUCACCACCCACAAUCUGCACAAGAGAGCCCUUGGUCUCGUUCCCAGAGAGUGGGGAAGAGAUGGGUGCGGGAGAGAGAAUGGGGAGCAGUGGUAAGGAGGAGAGCAAUGAGCAGCAGAGCAUGCGAGAGGAGGGUGUGGAAGCAGGGGGGCAGUGGGAGAAGAAGAGUCAAGAGGAGAGCAGUCCGGAGGACGGGAGUUUAGAGGAGGGGAAUCAGCAGGAGGAGUGUGGGGAUUGGCCGACAGACGGCGCGUGUGAGCAGCAGGAGAGCAGUGGAGAGGGAAGGAGUGAGCAGGAGGGCAAUCAGGGUUGGUUGCAAGGCGGAGGUUUCCAGUGCUGGUGCUUGAACUUCAGGGGGCGAGUGACAGUGGCUUCAGUGAAGAACUUCCAGCUGAUCGAGGGGGGCGGGCCGGGGAACGACUCUGACAAGCCGUGUUGGUGCCUCAACUUCCGUGGCCGCGUGACAGUAGCAUCAGUGAAGAAUUUUCAGCUGAUAGAGGGGGGCGGGCCGGGGAACGACUCGGACAAGCCGGUGCUGCUGCAGUUCGGGAAGAUUGACAAGGACGCUUUUACUAUGGACUACAGAUAUCCACUCACGGCCUUCCAGAUUGGCAAGGACACGUUCACCAUGGACUACAGAUACCCGCUUACUGCCUUCCAGCUCAUAGAGAGGAGCGGACCGGGGAACGACUCUGAUAAGCCAGUGCUGCUGCAGUGUGGGAAGAUUGGCAAGGACACUUUCACCAUGGAUAACAGAUACCCGCUUACUGACUCCAGGUGGGUAGUGAAGUGCUGUUUCAUGUGGUUAAAAAUCGGUGCUCUGCCAGUGCUGCUGCUGCAGUUUGGCAAGAUCGGCAAGGACACAUUCACCAUGGACUACAGAUACCCGCUCACGGCCUUCCAGGUGGGUAGUGCUGCGUGUUCAGG